AAUUCUUCCUCCUUUCUUUUCCUCUUUAAUUUUCUUUUUUAUUUUCUUUGUUAUUUUUUUCUACUCCUGUUUAUCUAUGUUUUUAGAAAAGUAUAAUAGUAGUAAAUGCUUUAUUUUAGAGGUACCAAAGGUUUGCCUGCCCACAAGUAUUGUAUCAAUAAUUAUGGGACCCUAUAUAUCAUUCUAUCCUUGUUUUACGUCUAGCAAAUCUAGCAAACAAUGAAGAUAGAAUGACAGAAAUAACGCUAAUAGCGUUCUCCCCGAAUACACCAUAUCUCUUUCUCUUAUUUAUCUCUUUUUCUCUUUCGCUUUAUUGAACUUUAUUCGCUUGACAACCGAUUGGAGUAUCAGCUGUUCGUCAGGUGAAAAUUGGCGGGAAACCGGCAAGUAGAAUCCUAGCAACCGGAGUGGCACAAUGGCACCAUCGAAAUCCUGGCGGCAAGACGAAGUCCGUGUUUACGACCGAAUUUGGACAUCAAAGCCGAUUCUCCAGAACUUGAACUGCAGCGGGCGCAGUAUCGAUCGUUAUCCGCUUUCUUUCCACCAUCACGAUGACGACACGUGCCAACAGCUUCAUCAAGGAAGAGGUAUCUGCAGAACCUGGAUUGCGUCGCUCACCAAGGAAUUUGCCGCAGCAUCUAAAGGAAAAGUUGAAGCAAUCAGAACCUGAAAGAGAGCCUGACAUAAAAACUUUGCCUCCGAUUGUUUUCAAGGGAUGCAUUCAAUAUGCUGAUGACUUCUUUAACUGUGCUCAGAUUUGUGACGAUCUCAUACAAGAAGUAAAGCGCAGUAAGAAGGAGAUCGUGCCAAUAGGUUUUGAUUUGGAGUGGCCAUUCAACUUUCAAACUGGCAGCGGAAAAACGGCGCUGGUGCAAAUUUGUUUGGAGGACAGCGUGUGUUAUCUCUUGUAUGUCUAUUCGCUGAAGAAGCUCCCAGCAGCAUUCGUUGAACUCCUAUGUCACUCGAAAGUCAAACUCGUUGGCGUCAAUAUUAAAAACGACGUGUGGAAGUUAGGGAGAGAUUUCAAAGAGUUUCCUGCUCAGAAAGUGGUAGAGAAUAAUUGUCUGGACUGCGGGACUUAUGCUAAUCGUGUCUUAAAGCGAUCUUGUCGUUGGAGUUUGGAAAAAUUGACUGCUUAUUUGUUGAAGAAGAAAAUUAGCAAAAAUCCCGACGUGCGAAUGAGUAAAUGGCAUAUACAACCCCUCAGCAACGCACAGAAAAAUUAUGCAGCCACGGAUGCUUAUGUAUCCCUUCUGCUACAUACGACACUUGAUGCAAAGGCCAUUACUAUAGAAAAGGAGAACCAAAAUGAUGAGAAUUUGCUAAAUCUUUUGAGCUAA